GUAUGGUCGCUUCCGGCUGUCAGUUUCAAAAUGUCGAGGGUUUAUGUUGGUCGUAUACCUCCUCGGUGUUGCGAGAGGGAUAUUGAACGGUUCUUUAAGGGCUAUGGACGAUUAAGAGACAUCGUUCUAAAGAAUGGAUAUGGUUUUGUGGAGUUUGAUAAUGAGAAAGAUGCGGAUGAUGCCGUCUAUGACCUCCAUGGAAGAGACUUGCGAGGUGAACGGUUGAUCGUUGAGCAUGCUCGCCUUCCUCCUGGCACUAGAGGCGGCAGCAGAAGAGCCGGUGGGGGUGGCGGCGGAGGUGGUGUUUGCAGUGGUCGCGAUCGUAGGUACGGUCCACCAACCAGGACGGAGUAUCGUGUUAUUGUUGAAAAUCUCUCGUCGCGUGUGAGCUGGCAGGAUCUGAAAGAUUUGAUGCGUAAGGCUGGAGAAGUUACUUAUGCGGAUGCCCACAAGUCAGCUAAGAACGACGGUAUCGUCGAGUUUGCUGCCUACUCUGAUAUGAAAGAAGCAAUUGAGAAGUUUGAUGGUUACGAGCUUUAUGGACGCAAGCUACGUGUAUACGAAGAUCGACCGGGCCAGAGGUCAAGAUCUAGUUCUUAUAGAUCGCGAUCUAAUAGUCGUCAUUCUCAUCGUUCACGUAGUCGAGGCUCUCAUCGCAGGCAGAAGUCUAGAAGUCCUAGGCAUCGACAUGAUAGAUCACUUUCAAGUGAUAGACGAAGGUCCGAAUCCGGCCACGAUUCGCACAGACGCUCAAGAGAAAACUCUAACGACCUACGAUCUAGGAGUCCGUCACGCCGUUCCGGGACAAACCGUUCCAGGACAAACCGUUCCAACGCAAGAUCCAUUUCUCAUCACAGCAACAAGCGCUCAGUGGAUGCCUGUUCUCGUUCUCCAAGCUGCAAUGGUAGAGGGAAUAGCAUAAAAAAUGAUCUGGAUCGACGAUCGCGGUCACGUUCUGCCUCACAUUCACAUUCUGGAAGUAGGUCAUGUUCAGUGGAAUCAAGGUCCCCUGGUCGUUCGCGUACACACUCUCGGUCCGCAUCACGAUCUCGUUCAAGGUCUCAUCGUAGCGAGUCCGGAACACCAAGACGUUCGGACGAAGAAAUGGACCGUAGGAGCAACUGUGACCAUGAGAUUCGAGAAGGUGAUUAUGAUGAGUGAUCGCAUUUAAUGUAGACUCCAAGUCAUUGUUAUUUUACACGCAUACUAUUCUGCAUAAAGCAGCUUUUUCACACCC